CAGCAAACCAUCCAUUCGAAUUUUACUUGACAACGCAGGCGAAGAUGCUAGCCGCUUCCACCUGCACCGCUUCCCCAUGUCGUCCAUCGCUGUUCCAUCCCCAAAAAGAUCAAAGCUUUCACUUCGGACCCGCUUCUCGGCGGCAACUCCUCGCUGCCCUCGUCUUGCCCGUCGCUCCUCUCUUCGUUUCGAGCGAGCCCACGUCUCCAUUCUCGCCCGUCGCCGAUGCCCGCGGCCUCUUCCAGAUGCCCCCUCCUCGGCUCACCAAUAGGUAUUUCUUGGUGAGGGCAGGGGAAUCUGAGUAUGAAAGCUUGGGGAUAAUCAACACUAAUCCGGUUGCGAAGACGUCGGUUGAUAGCGGAUUGUCUGAGAAAGGGAAGAAGCAGAUGGUUCGGGCAGCUUUCGAUUUGAAGGAGAUGGGGGUGUGUGAAAGGAAUUGUUGGAUUUGGCCUUCUAUCACUCAGAGAGCUUACCAAGCUGCUGAAAUCAUUGCUUCGGUUAAUGGGGUCAGUCGGAGCUACAUAGUCCCAGAGUAUAGCUUUCUAGAUGCCAGGGGAUUGGGAGCCUAUGAAGGGAAGAACCUUGACUCUGUUUCAGAGGUGUAUGCAUCUGACAGCAUCUCUCCGAGGAUCAAGCCUCCUCCCAUAGAUGACGGGACUCCAAAUGAGAGUGUGGCAGAUGUAUUCGUUCGCGUAACGCAACUUAUGUCAAUUCUUGAGACCCAGUACUCAGAAGACACCGUGAUCAUCGUCUCGCCUGAUUCUGACAAUUUGUCAGUUUUACAAGCUGGCAUAGUUGGACUUGACCUUCGGAGGCACAGAGAGCUUUCUUUUGCUCCUGGAGAGGUCAGAUUUGUCGAUCCCAGCAGCGUACCAACUUAUAAGCAGCCUGCAUCUGCUGUUUAUAAAUGCUUAAAUCCGCCAAGUUGUACCUGAAGUGCUUUAAAGCUCUUGCAUCUGGAACUUGGGAGGAAAAUCUCGGUUCACGUUGGAGUUCAUGUUCACUUGUUCGUAUAAUCAUCUUCCACUUCACUUUUCCAAAAUGUUGUAUUGCAGUCUGCAAUUGUCACUUCGGUUCUAAGGAAAUAAUGUCCAUCUCUAUGUGUUUCUUUAGUGGCUAAACAUUUUUCCUUUCCAUUACAAAGCAAUAUGUGGAUCCCAUUUUCAGUCAAUUAUGAACGAUGCAUCUGUUAUCAGCUUGUCAAGGUGUACGUGACUUUUGUUUUGCUUUGGACUUUAAAUGUUUUGAGCCAGCUUCUCCAUCUUCAUGGAAUUUGCUCUCUUCCUUUUGAGGCAUCAGAUGACUGAUUUUCCAUGAGGGCUAAUGUUGAUAUUUCCUUACUUCUUCGCCUCUGGAAAUGCUUGGUUCUCUAGUUACCUUUUUGUGGCCUCCUGGUGAGAAUGGGACGGCUUUCGAUAUUUCAGUUCAGUGUAUUGUAGCGCAUCGCACAAGAGGAUUUGGUUACAAAAACUCACGAAAAGGGUAAAGAAGCACAGCCUUUUUGCAUCAUGAUUGACCUCUUAUGCCCAGUCUGUGUUAUCUGCUGAAAUUAUGGCACUGUCCCAAACCACUAGGUCAUAUUGCUUUUAAACCACCUCUUGUAAAAUUUAUCCGUUUCGAGUGGUAAGCAAUAUCUUGACUGAGAUUUUCUGGUUACACUUAAACCCACCUAAUUCUUGUGCUCUGUUGCGAAUCUGGUCUUGUGCUCAUUGUCAAUGCCUUCUCCGG